AUGGAUGGAGAGGGAGCGGGCGAGGCAGAAGUUGGCGAUGGUGCCGCCUCCGGACCCAUCUACCUGUACAAGGUGAUUGAUCGAGAGGUAGUACCGCGGGAGAAGGUCAAGGCGCUGUGGCGCGCCGGCCACGUGAGCGGCCUCUUCAAUCUGCCCACCGAGGAGCUCUUCAACGCCUGCCGCGACUUUGGCGUCAAGGUCAAGGUCGACGUCAGAUUGAUGAAGGCGAAGGAGGACGGGGCGGUGCUGCAAUCGAAGCUGAAGACGUUGAUCGAGCGGAGCGUGGACAAGGAGCGCGAGCUGUUCGAGCUCAAGACCAAGGUGGCCGACCUGUCGCAGGCCAACCUGGUGCAGGAGGAGCAGUUCAAGCGCCGCCUCAACGAGCUCGCCGCCCGCAACAAGGCCCUCGCCAAGGAGCGCAAGAAGACCAACAAAGAAAAGACCGAAGCCAAGGACGAGAAUCUACGACUAAAGGUCGCGGAGCUGGAGCGGGUGAGGCAGCAGCUCGAGGAGGCGAGGGAGCGGGAGAGACAGAACAGAGAACGCGAUCGAGAGCGAGAGAAGGAGCGGGAGCGGAAGGGCAAAGCCAAGCGAGAGCAGGAGGACGCAGAAGAGGCCGAAGCCCAGGCUCGCGCUGACGCCGACCGGCAACGACGAAAGCAUGUGGCGGCGGCGGCGAGCAAUGAAGGCGGCGAACGAGCCAAGCAGCUGCAGGUCGAGCUCAAGAGGGAGCGAGAGCUGCUCAAGCAGAUGGCCCUCGAAAACCAGAAACUGACGUCGCGCAUUCAGCAGCUCAUGAUCGAGAACGAGGAGAUGAAGCUGUCGUCGUCGAUCACGCAGACGGACCACCUCAACCGAAAGCUUCUGAUGUCGUUCAUGAGCACCAUGGACAGCCUCAGGCGACUCGAGGACGACGACGAUGACAAUGACGAUGACGGCGGCCGAGACGGCGAAGCCGAGUGGGAGGCCCACCACGGCGAUGGCUUCGACGGGGGGGAGCAGCAGCACAACCAGAAGAGAAUGGAUCACGACCACGGUUGA